CUACUAUUAAGAGCAAACUGGUGAAUGCCUGGUGUCACAUUUUCAGGAUGGACAAUAAUACCCCCACGUCCUCAAUUCAUAUUUCCUCCCUCAAACCACCCGCUCCACUUCUACGCGCAGUCCUGCCCUCGAGCCGAGACCAUCGUCCGGCAAGUCGUCCAGCACCGCGCCGCGCAAGACCGCUCCGUCCUCCCCGCCCUCAUCCGCCUGCAGUUCCACGACUGCUUCAUCAGGGGCUGCGAUGGCUCGGUACUCAUCGACAGCGCCGGCGGCAAUGUGGCCGAGAAGGAGGCCGAUCCCAACCUGACGCUGAGGAUGCUCGACGUGAUCGACGACGUCAAGGCUGCCCUCGAGACGGCAUGCCCCGGCGUUGUAUCGUGCGCCGACAUUAUCGGAUUGGCCGCGAGGGAUGCUGCGGCCAUGGCGGGGAGGGUGCGGUACCAGCUGCCCACCGGGAGGCGCGACGGGACCGUCUCCAGCGCGGCCGAGGUUCAUCUGCCCAGCCCGUCCGUGUCGUUCGCCGACGCUCUGUCGGCCUUCAGUAACAUCGGCCUCGACGUGGUUGAUCUCACCACCUUGCUGGGUUCACACACCAUGGGGUUCUGCCACUGCAUGUUCGUCAUGGACAGGCUCUACGACUUCAAGAAAACCGACACGCCGGACCAGACCAUGGACGCCGGCCUGCGGGCCUCGCUCCAGGGCAGCUGCCCGCCUCACACGGUGACGCCGCAGAACGAGUCUGGCGACACCAUCGUCCCCAUGAACCUCCUGGCGCCGCACGUGCCCUUCAGGCUCGACAACUCCUUCUACCGAAGCGUGCUCGCAGGGAAGGCCGUCUUGCAGAUCGACCAGGAGCUGGCGUCCGACGGCAUGGCCAGGCUCAUCGCCGCCAAGUUCGCGGUCGGGCCGCGCAAGUUUCGGAAGCAGUUCGCCAGGUCCAUGGUGAAGCUGGCGAGCGUACACGUUCUCACCGGAGAGCAGGGGGAGGUCAGGCUGAACUGUCGAAAGGUUAACAGCCGAUAGUUUUUUAUGAGUGGCAAGAUCAGUGCCUUCAAGUUGAGUUUUAAAUGUUUCCCGUAGAAAAGAAGUUGAGUGUUAAUUCUUAAUGAUUUGCUAAUACAUGUAUGCUUAGAAU